GACAUUCUUCAUUCAUUCACAGCCAACGCCCAAAAAUGUCAUCCAUAAUUUGCUCGGUUUGUCACGACACCUUGUUUUUGAGUGUCGCAUCCCAGAACAAAGUUUCCUCCGCAAAAUGUGGACAUCUAUUUCAUACCGAUUGCAUCGAAGAGAUUCAAGUUUGGGCGGAGAAAAAGGAAUCAAGGCGUAAAUAUCUUAAUUGCUGUCCGUCCUGUCAGGUUAACGUGGGUGAAGCAGGUUUCAUUUUGUUGAAGCCAAAAUUCCCUAAAGUUAAGGGGAAACAAUCCGCACCAAAACCUUCAAGCUCCACUUCCCCAGAACCCACCGAUUCAAUCCGUCAACUAACAAUUUCCAAGGAAACUUUUGACAACCUCAAAAAGCACCAAGAUGAAAAAACCUCAAUUGAAAACGAAAAAAUAGCCCGUCAACGCCAAGACGAACUCCGCCGCGAAGAAGAAAACCGCCGUCGCGAGGAAGCUCAAAUGCUCUCCGAGCUAAAACAAAAACGCUGGCAGGACGAGCAAUCCAGCCUCGAGAGAGAUUUCGAAUUUGAAAAUACAAAAGCCAAAAACCGUCAAGAUCAAUUAACCCGAAGUUACAAACAGCAUGAAAGAACUUUCGACAAUCUUGUAAAAAGCCGAAAUUCUGAGAUUGAACGGGGUCUAGCAAAUUACAAAAGACACGCGGAAGAUGCCGCGAGCAGCAGCGGACCACGGGCAGAAUCCAGGAGUGGGAACGAGCCUUAAAAGAUUACAAAAGUAAGAUGGAAAGUUUGGAGAGAGAUCGAGCAAAUUUGGAACAAAAGCAGAAACGAAUUAGUUUGGAACUAGAAAGCAGUAGGAGUUCAUUAGAGCGGGAGAGAUUAGCGAUGCAAAGAGAAAUGGGGCAAGCUAAUACAAAUCUAGAGAAGAAGCGGCAACUGAUGUUUGACCAUUUGAAGAACAGACCGUAACAAUCUUAUCAAUAUAUUAUAUAACCGAAUAAAAUUUAUAUUUUUAAAUUAA